AUGGCGAAACUAGAUGUGCCAUCAUGGCAACCAAAUCUGUAUGCUGCCGUAGCAGUAACACUGACCACGGCAACUGUGGCUAUAUCGUUGCGCUUUGCAGCUCGAAGAAUGACGAAAGUGCCGCUAUGGUGGGAUGAUUUCAUGUGCGUCGGAGCAUUCAUAUUCGGCAUCGGAUGGAAUGUCCUCCUACUCGUCUGGGCACCCUAUGGCUUUGGGAAGCAUCUCGAAAACAUUGAUCUUACUCCCGAACAAUCAUUAUUCAACUCGCUACUUUUCUGCUACCUCGCCGAGUUAUUCUACGCAGCGUCCCUUGCCUUUUCGCAAUAUGCUGUCCUAGCAUUUUACUGGCGCAUGUUUCGCACGUCGAACAUCAAGGUUCCGAUCAUCACCUUGGUCGCAUCAAUAUCGAUAUGGCUUAUCUUGAGAACAUUUCUUGCAGUCUUCCUGCAAGCUUUCUGGGACAAGUCGAUCCCCAACGCCACUUGCAAUAUCAACGACUCCAAGUUCUUCUUCGGGACCGUCUUGACCCAUCUAGUGUUGGAUCUUGCCAUUCUCAGCCUCCCGGUUCUCCAAGUCCGUAAGCUGAGAUUGCGCACUGCCCAGAAAGUUGGUGUGUGCGCAAUGUUCAUGUUUGGCAUUUUGGUUUGCGUCGCUUCUGUCAUUAUUCUCGUGUACUCUCUCUCGUACAACACCAAAUCAGCAGAAAUAUCGUUUAAUGUGGCACCUAUUAUGAUAUGGGGCACUGUUGAGGUGAAUCUAGCCAUUGUUUCAGGUACUAUUCCCUUCCAGACCCCUAUUUGGAAUACCUUCUCACCGUCAUGUACAGCUUGCCUCCCAAUGCUCCGACCAAUUUUCUUGAGAGCGUUCAAUCGCAUCUUCCCAAACGUAUCACACGGCACGAGCGACAAACAACUUCACUCAAGCCGGGCGAACCAGUUGGCCAAGAUCUCGGCCAUGAGGACGAGAACCCGGCACGAUGACUCCGAGUCCAUGCAGGAGCUUGCAACAUUCGAUAACGACUCGAGCUCGGAACAUGAUGAAGAGCAAGGAAUAGUCCACGGGGCAGGAGGACAGCGCGUGAUCAUCACAGGCAACGACAAGUCAGCCAGAGUAACGGAAGUCGACGUGAGCCCUGCCGUCAGUGGAGGUAUUCUUGUCAGGAGCGAAACUCUUGUCGAGGUAUCUCGGGCGAGAUAG